AUGGAGAAGUCCAGGAAGAUCUUUGCCAGCAUCCUCCUGUUUGUCAUGUCUGUGGAAAUCUGCCUGGCUCAGCACUGGUCUUAUGGUCUGCAACCCGGAGGAAAAAGGAACGCCGAAGACCUGGCGGAGUCAUUUCCAGAGAUUGCAGAUGAAGUGGACAAACUGGGGGAAGUGCAGAAGACCGGAUGCCCAGGCUCGUCCCAGCACUCCAGGUUCAGGGAUCUGAAGGAAGCCAUGGAAAGCCUGAUGGAAGGAGAAGCCAGACGAAAGAAGAUUUAA